AGUAUGGAGGUUAGUAAUAAACAGUAUUAUUUCCCAGUGUAUCAGGCUAUCUCGAUUCCAAGUGAGACAUUAAUUUGCUUGUUGCUCACCGGCCCUGAAAAUGACGAGCUUAAGCUGGAUUAAUGAUGAUGUGCAAAUCCCUCUCAUCAACACGGGAUGUCGCAUCAGCUAACACUUCCCAUCUAUCAUACUUCAUUAAAGUCUAUCGAUCAUCACAUACUCGGCAUCUCACACUUUAUUACAUACAGUGUCUGCCUCACUCUGCUGCUGCUGCUGCCCUCGGGUGGUCCGUGUGCUAAUUAUAGUCCCGCACAUCACGCUGUUUCUCCGCGACAAUCACUUCCACAAGGCAAUCAACAUCAACACCACACAAUGGCUGUGGCGUGGCAUGGCUGGCAUGCUUUUCUUACGUCGUCACCUCUCACAGCCAUCCAUGUGGAUAAUACAUCAUCCCCAGGGUUUCUCCUCAUUGGCAUCUGAACUUUUGACAGUUCUAUCUUUAUCUUCAUCUCUAUGAACAAAACAUCCGAUCGGUUGUCCCCCGGCCAUCCCGCAUGACGUAAACCCCUUCCCUGCCUC